AAUAGGAAAUAACACUUAAAAGUCAGAAAAAUAUAUACAUUGUUUUUUAAAAAAUAUUAUUAUCCAUGUUAAAACAAAAAAGAAAGGCGUACGUGACCUUUACAGUAGCAAUCAUCAAAACUUAAGCAGUUAUCAUUUUAAUACCUAAAUAAUAAUAAAGCGCACGCUUCGAUAACUCAAUCAAUUGAAAAUUGUCAGAUUACUUACAAUCAGAUUUAUGUAUUUAUAGUAAGAAAGAGUAUAUAUAUAUAUUACGGUGCAUCUUUGGACAUCCUCAUUUUCGUGAAUUUUCUCAACACGUGUGGUUUACUUAUUUAUAUUUCAUAAAAAUGUCACUCGCUACUAAUCACAUAGAUGACUUCGAUGCGGAAAAAAUGAAGGAUUCAAAGGAAAUGUUAGUUCCCGGAGCCCACUCUGAUGUGAAGUUAAAAAUCUUUAAUAGUUCUAUGAAUGUCUUGACACAUAUCCUCAUUGGAUGUACAGUAGCAAUAGCAGUUCUGUUUACCUUCAGAGAGGGAGAAAUGAACGCCACACGAAUACAUAUAAUUCUAUGUGUUCUUGGGUAUCAAUUAUUAAUGGCAGAGUCAAUUCUUAGUCUGUCACCUCACAACGGUUGGUCGUCUUCACUCAAACUGGUUCAUAAACGUCGCGCCCAUUGGAUUCUACAACUAUUGGGAUCAGGUCUAGCAAUUGCAGGCAGCAUCAUCAAAAUUUUAGACAAAUCUAUUCACUGGAAUACUCUUCAUGGGCAAUUUGCUCUUGUCGCCAUGGUCUUCACCGGCGUUUCUUUUAUUAACGGCCUUGCAUCUCUCUACGCGUACGAGCUUCGGCGUUUAAUACCUGGAGUACUCUCUAAGAUCACCCACAUUAUUUUUGGAACUGUUGCCUUUGUAUCAGCGUCAAUCAGCCUCUGUUACGGUUUUGAUAAGAAUUCUUUUAGAACUUGGUCCACAUCAGAAAUGGCUGAUACAUUUAUAGCCUUCACCGCUAUAUUUACAUUUGUAAUAAUAGUCAAUCCAUUAGUUGUAUUUUUUGAUAAAACUGUUAAAUCAUUCCAACGAUGAUGGAUUGAAAUCUCCUGGCACACUUAAAAAUUGUGUUUAUUAAAAUCUUAGUCAUUUUGAUAUGUUUAUUUACCUAUCUGAAUAUCUAGUUUAAAAUAUCUAUGACGCAAGUAUUAUAAUAUUGGUAUAUAUAGUAUUAUAAUGACCAUGCAAAACUUAAUCUAUAAUUGUCUAUAAUCUUACACAGACAGAAUUAAGCAAUAAUUAUAUUAUCUGCUACAGAUAAAGACUGAUUUUCUGCAAUGUGUAAUUUUAAUAAUUUAUGAAAUAUUAUAAUUGUAUCUAACUACUUAUGAAUAAUUUUGUAACGCAAUAUUGAAGUAAGUUAAUAAGUUUUUUUUUAUUUUUUUAGCGCAAUUUGUUUAAAUUUGUAUUAAAAUUUAAUCAAAUU